CCGAAGAAAGAGCCGGCGCCUCAUUUGAAAUCUUGCAGGAGGAGAAAGCUGGCCGAAGAAGGCAAGGGUGGCAUAGCUAAAUAGCAAGCGGUAAAGGCUUUUGAAGAAUCCAGCCCUGGGGAAGGAUGGCAUCUGUGUUCCAAACUGUGGGAUCAAGCAUCGGCUGGCGGAGCCAUCAGAUCUUGUCUGACUUUGAGGAGAGUCCCGUACCAGAUCGAUUCAGGAAAAAGUCUUCUGUGAACAUGAAUAGUGUGCGGAUGUCCCUCCGGAAAAGAAUGCCUUUAAAAGAAGUAAAAAUGAAUUUUGAUGAGAAUCCAACUUGGGAGAGCCUGGAGGUUAAGGAGAAAAGCUCAAACCUCCGGAUGCUUACCAGAACGGCCAAAAAUGUAUUUGGAACAAUGUCACAGAAAGUGCAAAGGAGCUGCCAAGGUCCCUCUCGUGCUAUAGCAGCUUCGUUGGCCAAGGACCCCAGAGGAAAGAGCAGAAGUUCCACAAAACCUUCAAACAUCUCUCCUCGGACCCCUCGCCAAAACAAAAAGCUGGCUUCCAUCUCAACCCCAACAUCCAGCACGAAGAUUGUAUCCCCAUCCAGCAAGAAAUCUGGGUCCUGUCGGCGUAAGAAAAGCCUCCUGCCUCUCCGGAGAUCCAUGAGGGCUGCAGCCUUGAGAAGCCCAUAUGGUUCUCCAGUUUCUCUUGCUGUGAGAAGGCAGCUGGACUGUGAUUUGGAGCUGGUCUCAACGGGCAUUCGCCAACUUAAGCGUCUCUCUCAUGCUUUCAAUGACAUCAUUGUUCAAGAAGAGAGAGAACAGGCAAUCCUAAACUAUUAUGAAAUCAUGGCACAGAAUAUUCGGGCGGUGCAAUUGCAGUCUGGAAGCCUGGCUCACUGUUUUCGGAGGCAGGCAAGGAGAGUACGGUGGACCUGCAGUAGCUGGGCUGAUAAUCACUUCAAAUAGUAUUAAUCUGGAAACAUUUGAAAGAUGGACUUUUGAAUGCGUUUUAAUAAGCUUUUAAACUCCAUAUUGAAUUGACUCCAUAUAAGCUUGUAUUGUUAAACUGCUAACUUAUAAGAAACCUAUGGUAGACUAAAUCAGGGGUGUCAAACUCAAGGCCCAUGGCCCACAUCCGGCCUGUGAGGUGCUUACAUCUGGCCUGCGGGGCCACCCUGGAAAUAGCGAAGGACCAGCCCACAGUGCCUCUGCCAGCAAAAACAGGCUCCCAAUCUCUGUUUUCGGCUGGGACGGCCUCCUGCAACCCUCUGCCAGCGAAAACUGAGCUUGGGCCCCUCCCAAGCUGUGUUUUAGCUGGCAGAGGAUUGCAGGAGGCCGUCCCAGCCGAAAACAGAUUGGGAGCCCAUUUUCUCUGGCAGAGCACUCGGGCCACCACAGGCACCCCUAACAUGAGUGACGUCAAGCUGGCCACGCCCCCUCCGGCCCCACAAGGUCAAACACAACCCUGGUGCAGCCCUGAAGGAAAUUGAAUUUGACACCCCUGAACUAUGUAUUCAAGUUUCUACACUGAAGUUAACUCUAUUUAUAACCUUAAGCCAAACUAAGGUUGCAUUCUGGACUUGGUUCAUUAUUGCUGUCUUAACAACUUUAUAUACUUUUUAAUCCAUACCUUCUUUCAGCAUCUUAUUCUCAUUAUGCUUUGUUUAAUGAGUUGUUGGAACUGUGUACUCUGAAAGAAAGGAAAAGUACAACAUGUAGUAUGGAAUUCAACUUUCUCAGAAUAUUUGAUUUAAUUAAAAUAAACACUAACAUUCGAUUUCUUAUAGCCAAA